AUGUCCAAUAUAAAUAAAUAUAAUUGCGAAUACCAACACCGAUUGAACGAAGAACAGCAAAAAUCGAUACACAACGAAUGUCGCCCAAAGCGCAACCCUCAGAACGUACAAGCAUGGCUGAUUGGAAGAGAUGUCGCAUCCCUUGCUGCAGCAGUUCAUUUGAUCACUAAGGCCAAGGUCCCAGCCCAUCAGGUCCACAUUCUCGACAUCCAUCAUGGCUCCACUGGAGUGAUUAAGGCGCCAGGUGCACAGCCAUACUUCCAUGAAGAGUGUGUUAAAGACAUACUCAAUGUGGUUCCCAGUCUGACAGAUCCGGACAAGAGUUGCUGGGAGAAUAUAAAGGAACAUGAGUGGUACACCAGGCCGAUUAACCAGUCCCACGCCCGUGUAAUCCGACAAGACCAGGGGGAAACACGUCAGCGGAAAGCCCGCAUGGAUCUCAUCGAAUUCAUCUUGGAUGAUGAGAAAUCCUUUGGUCCCAAGAAGAUCGGCGAUUUAUUUGAUAAGACACUAUUCGAAUCAGAAUUCUGGACCUUAUGGUCUACCACCUUUAUGCUCCAAAAGUGGCACAGCGCAUCGGAAUUUCACAGGCUGCUUUGCAAAUAUCUGCCAGAAAUGCACACUCGAAAUAGCGUGUGA